UUUUCAUUAAUGCGACGCAAGUCUGUGUUGAGAUUUUUUGGGGAUAUUUUCAGAAACUUUAUCAAAUUUCUCCAACUAGAUGCAUGUUCAGGUGACCAUAGGUGUCGAGAUCUAGAUCGCUUCUACUGGACAAGUGUAGCCAAAAUACAAUUGCAGCCAUGUCACGUGUCCAGGAAAAGGACGAUGGCGGGGAGACUUUGGAGUUGGUGGACAUGGGGGGUAUCCGGACACCCGCCUUUGGUGAAAAGACUGACGAUGAACUCAAGAAAAUCUUUGACGCGAUACCAGAAUUCAAACACAGGGAUGACGACGUUAUGUUGUGCACAUUUGCAAAGACCGGUACGAACUGGAUGUUUGAGGUGUUGAUGAUGUUGUUGCGGCGGAAGGCGGAGCGGGUGGAUAUCAGCAAGUUGCUGACUAUGCUUGAGCUGCAAGGGGUCGAGGAUUUGGAGAAGGUCCCCUCUCCCAGGGUCAUCAACUGCCAUCUCCCACCCAGAUUUUUGCCCAAAGACCUCGUGCAGAAGAAGAUCAAGACGGUGUUAUGUUUGCGAAACCCAAAGGACACGGCCGUCUCAUACUUCAACCAUAUGCGGGGCCUCAAAAUGUACAACUACCGUAAUGGACAAUGGAAGAACUGGCUGCGGCCUUACGUCCAGGGAAAAUACGAGUACGGUCCCUAUUCUGCAUACUUAAACCAGUGGCAGGAAGCCAUAGAGGUGGGACCUGGGUACCCGCUACACGUCAUGUACUUCGAGGAUCUUAAAAUGAACGGGAUGGAAGAACUAGAAAGGCUUAUUUCAUUUCUAGAGAUCGAUAUAGCGGAUAAUUUGAAGAGAGAUAUACUAGACAUGUGUAGCUUCCAGAAGAUGGCUGCGGACAAAAUUACCAAAAAAGAAGAGGUUUUAUUUAAUGAAAACUUUCGAUUCUUUAGAAAAGGUGAGGUUGAGAACUGGAAGACCUGGUUUACGGUGGAACAGAAUGAGUACUUCGAGUCCGAGUGGAACAAACAGAUCCGGGCAGAUACAAUCUUUCAGUUUAAAUACACACAGAAAGAAGCAAACUUUUACAAACGUCUUUAACCUUUUUUUUACUGGACAGACGAAUGUAAAUGAGUCAACCACAUUGGAGUUUUUCAUUGUUUUCGAUCAUUAAAGAACGGUUACCAAUAGACAAAGAUUUUACCGUAUCUUACUCAUCUUAAAUAAAGUAAAACAGGACAAAAACAUAGCAAAACUGAAUGAUGGAUUUAUUUUUAUUUAAAGAUGUAAAGGACGCAAUAAAAGUAUAAACAUUA